UAAGCAAAGCAUAAGAGAAACCUAGAGAGAGACGAGACUUCUUUUUCUCUCUGUAGAAGAAGAAGAGGAAGAAAGAAGGAGGGAAGAAAAUCUCUCUUUCUCCAUCAGUUUUCUUUCCAGUUCCGAUCGGAUUCUACUCUUCUUAUUUUUGGAAUUUUUUUUAUAGAUUGGAUUAAUUCUUUGUUUUUCUUUUCUUUCUCUGUUUUUUUUUUUUUUAAGAUUAUUAAUCUUUUGAUGAAAUUCUUAGAUUAAAUCCGGAACUCUUUUUGAUAACGUUCUUGAUAUUUGAGAAAUUUGAUAUGAGUAAAGUCCUCAAACCCAAUCGAGAUAGAGAUAGCAAAAACCCUUUUUGAUAAUCUGAAGUUUUAUUUGUAGCUGGAAUCCCAACUCUUGUGGGCUUGAGUUGUUUGCCCAAUAGUUGCAGCAAAACCCUAAUUUCGGAUACAGUCCAAUUCAUCGUCUCUCAUGAAUCAAGCUCAAAAUUCUCCUAGGAGUCGCCAGUCGCGGCGAUCCUCAGCGGCGCGUGGCAUUUCCUCGCCCUCGGACACCUCCCCUCCUUCUAUUACGCUGCCAGGAGCUGCUGUUCAGGAGCAAUUCCUAACUUCAUAUUCUAGUACAUCUCUGGAUUCUUUGCCUUCUAAAGAAGCCGGCAUAAUGGAGUCUGUUUCUAGUUCUUUGGCGGAGGAGGGUUCUCCCGCCCCUGCCGGUUCAGAUGCUCAGUUUGACAACAGUGACAAUGGUGGUGCGGCCAAGAGGCCAGCUUGGAACAAGCCUUCGAAUGGGGCAACUGUUGAGAUUGGUGCCGUGAUGGGUGCUGACUCUUGGCCUGCUCUGUCUGAGUCUGCUCGUGCCUCCCCUAAACCCUCGUCUCCAUAUUCUCUCAAGACGCUCCCCCAGGGAUCAAUCACUGUACCACAGGAGAUGACAGUAGGAUCUGUUUCUUCACCUAAAGAAGUUAGUGCCAGCAUUUCAACUCCAAACCACGUGGCCACCACUCGCCAGAAGUCCAUGAAGCGCGGCGGUGGGAGUUCGAGUCAUAGCAGCAUUCCAGCUAAUGGAAGCUUACCUCAAGCACUACCAUUGCAGGAUGCUGUGGUUGAAGGUGUCCCUCCUACUCCAGGAAAAUCUGGUGGUUCUGUUGGGGAAUCUUCUAAGGAUAACACACAUAAAGAUUCUGGUCAGAGAGGAGGAUCUUAUGGUGGGAAUGAGCUGCAGCCGCAACGUAGUUCUUUUAGAAGGAACAAUAGUGGCCCACAACCUCGAGGAGAAGGUUCUUACCACCAUAGUCAUGGAAGACGUGACCAGGAACGUGCGAAGCAAGAUUGGGCUAAUUCUCAUCGAAGUUAUGGCAACAGAGACAACCAUCCCCAACAGAGAGUUGGUUCUAGGCCCUUCAUGCGUGGACCAGCUCCAAAUACACCUUUUAUCCCUCCUCCACCCCCACCUGUCCCUGUACGGCCCUUUGUAGCCCCCAUGGUUUACACAGAAGUGCCGUCAGCUGUGUAUUAUGUCUCUGGCCCUCAUCCAGAUCCACUCAGGCCUGUGCAUAUGAUUCCAUUUUCACCAGUGUAUUUUCCCGUGCCGGAUCCCUACUUGGUCUCAAAGAUAGUAAAUCAGAUAGAUUACUAUUUUAGUAAUGAGAACUUGGUAAAGGAUACAUUCCUCCGCCAGAAAAUGGAUAGCGAGGGAUGGGUUUCAAUUAAGUUAAUUGCAGGCUUCAAGAAAGUUAUGCAGCUGACGGACAAUAUUCAACUUAUAUUGGAUGCUAUACAAGCUUCAACUGUUGUGGAAGUCCAGGGUGAUAAAGUGAGGCGCAAAAGUGAUUGGAAUAAAUGGAUAAUUUCACCUGUGCAAACUACUGCUACGAGUCCCCAGCCAAUUCAUGAAUCUAGUCAGAGUAUGCUUACAGCACAGCUAAACAGUGUUGCACUGGAUGAAAAGGCAGCAUGAAGCCUGCCUUACUUGGCGUCGUCUGCGAACAUGAAACCAUUGUCACAAUCUACGAUGACAAGCCUAUUAAUUCGAUUGGACGGCGUUACCCUGCUUCCGUAAUAGGAGACAUUUAAAUGAUGGAUUGGCAAACUUUUUUUUUUUCCCUCUCUCUCCCCCCUCUUUUGGCAUAUGGAUUUUUUCAGAAGAAUUGAGAAAAAGAUCAAACGGCAGAUUAUGCUGAAACCGUUAUUGCAACAGGAAGAUGGUUGUUUUUGGUCUAUCUUAUGUGUAAUGGGAUGAUUUCUCUUGAGACGAAUAAUAGGCUAAACCUUCUCGGUGAAGACCAAAAGAACAGGUUGAUAAAAGUAAUAAAUGGUGGUGGAAAAAUUACGACUCUGAAGACUCGUAGCAUUAGUUUCUUCAGGUCAAGUUUUUGGUGUCGUUGGGUGCUUUGCUGUUCUUUCUCGUUCCUCGUUCAGCGGUUUGGUGUUUCACUGGCGGGGAGUUUUGAUGUUUACUUCCCCAUACAGCACUUUUAAAUUGACGAAAUUAUAGGCGAGUUCUGGUGAGCUAGAGAACUUGCAAGUGGUGAACUAUUGCUGGAUUCGGCCCCUGAUGUAGACCGAAAGAGUUGAUGGAUGCUGCGGCUGUGCUGCAUGUUAUGUGCUCGAUCUGGCUCUUGGGAAUCAAUGGAAUAGAUGUUUACACUGAAAUCUAAUCAUAUGGGUCGAUAUUUUCGCCAUGAGAUGGUACUUCUUCGAGUAAUAUGAAUAUGUUCAUGUUCAUAUGUGAUGACUGGCUUAAUGUUUGAAUAUCAAGACCUGGUUUUAUUGUAUUUGAUUGUCGUCGUGCGUUUUGCUUUCAAUAUUCUCACCCUUUUGCAAUU